CGGCGGCGGCAGCAGCUCCCGCGGCUCCUGCUCUGCUCCGCCUCGGCCCCGGAGCGAGGAGCCGAGAGCUGCGCGCUUGCCUUAGUCCGAGCCGCCACCCUCCCCUUGUUCCCCGCUUUCCCGGCCCGCCUGAGGCCGCCCGCCCCGUCCCCGCCGCCCCGCAGCCCGGCCGCGCCCCGCCGCCGCCAUGGGCUGUCUCGGUAACAGUAAGACCGAGGACCAGCGCAACGAGGAGAAGGCGCAGCGCGAGGCCAACAAAAAGAUCGAGAAGCAGCUGCAGAAGGACAAGCAGGUCUACCGGGCCACGCACCGCCUGCUGCUGCUGGGUGCUGGAGAGUCUGGCAAGAGCACGAUUGUGAAGCAGAUGAGGAUCCUGCAUGUUAAUGGGUUUAACGGAGAGGGCGCCGAAGAGGACCCGCAGGCUGCAAGGAGCAACAGCGAUGGUAGUGAGAAGGCCACCAAGGUGCAGGACAUCAAAAACAACCUGAAGGAGGCCAUUGAAACCAUCGUGGCCGCCAUGAGCAACCUGGUGCCCCCUGUGGAGCUGGCCAAUCCUGAGAACCAGUUCCGUGUGGACUACAUUCUGAGCGUGAUGAACGUGCCCAACUUUGACUUUCCACCUGAAUUCUAUGAGCACGCCAAGGCUCUGUGGGAGGACGAGGGAGUUCGUGCCUGCUACGAGCGCUCCAAUGAGUACCAGCUGAUUGAUUGUGCCCAGUACUUCCUGGACAAGAUUGAUGUGAUCAAGCAGGCCGACUACGUGCCAAGCGACCAGGACCUGCUUCGCUGCCGCGUCCUGACCUCUGGAAUCUUUGAGACCAAGUUCCAGGUGGACAAAGUCAACUUCCACAUGUUUGAUGUGGGCGGCCAGCGCGACGAACGCCGCAAGUGGAUCCAGUGCUUCAAUGAUGUGACUGCCAUCAUCUUCGUGGUGGCCAGCAGCAGCUACAACAUGGUCAUUCGGGAGGACAACCAGACCAACCGUCUGCAGGAGGCUCUGAACCUCUUCAAGAGCAUCUGGAACAACAGAUGGCUGCGCACCAUCUCUGUGAUCCUCUUCCUCAACAAGCAGGACCUGCUUGCUGAGAAAGUCCUCGCUGGGAAAUCGAAGAUUGAGGACUACUUUCCAGAGUUCGCUCGCUACACCACUCCUGAGGAUGCGACUCCCGAGCCCGGAGAGGACCCACGCGUGACCCGGGCCAAGUACUUCAUCCGAGAUGAGUUUCUGAGAAUCAGCACUGCUAGUGGAGAUGGGCGCCACUAUUGCUACCCUCACUUUACCUGCGCCGUGGACACUGAGAACAUCCGCCGUGUCUUCAACGACUGCCGUGACAUCAUCCAGCGCAUGCAUCUCCGCCAAUACGAGCUGCUCUAAGAAGGGAACACCCAAAUUUAAUUCAGCCUUAAGCACAAUUAAUUAAGAGUGAAACUUAAUUGAAAAGCAGUUGAUCACCCACCAUAGGGCAUGAUUAACAACGCAACCUUUCCUUUUUUUCCCCAGUGAUUCUGAAAACCCCUCUUCCCUUCAGCUUGCUUAGAUGUUCCAAAUUUAGUAAGCUUAAGGCGGCCUACAGAGAAAAAGAAAAAGAAAUAGGCCACAAAAGUUCCCUCUCACUUUCAGUAAAUAAAAUAAAAGCAGCAACAAACAGAAAUAAAGAAAUAAAUGAAAUACAAAAUGAAACAUUGUAUUGUGCAGCAUUAAAAAAUCAAUAAAAAUAAAAUGUGAGCAAAAUAUGA